AUGAUGAGAUAUAGUAAUAAUAAUAAUAUUAAUAUUAAUAAUAAUAAUAAAAAAUCAAUUAUUAGUGGUAAAUUAAUUGAAAAAAUUAAAGAUGGGUUUUAUUUAGAUUAUAAAAGUUUAUCAUUAUAUAGAGUUUUAUUUUCAAUUUAUUUAUUGGUUGAUUUAAUAUUAAGAUGUCAAAAUUUAACCGAAUUUUAUACAGACUAUGGAUCAUAUCCAAGAUCAUCAGCUAUUCAAGAAGAGAGAUAUUCACUUCACCAAAUUAGUGGAUCAUUUGAAUUUGCAGUUGUAAUUUUCUUUAUACAUGGUUGUAUUUAUUUUUCAAUGUUAAUUGGUUAUAAAACUCGUUUUUCAACUAUACUUUCGUUCAUAUUUUUAAGUUCACUUCAAAAUAGAAAUCAUUUUCUAAUUGAUGGUAGUGAUGAUUAUUCAAGAAUUUUAUUAUUUUAUACAAUAUUUUUACCAAUAAAUAAAUAUUUUUCAAUUGAUUCAAUUUUAAAAGAACAACAACUUCAAAAUAAUAAUAAUAAUAGUAAUAGUAAUAUUGGUGAUAAUAUUUCAAAUAAAAUUAAAAAUUACUAUACAUUUAUUUCAGGUUCUGGUAUAGCAUUCAUAUUACAAUUUAUGAAUAUUUAUAUUUUUACUGCAUUAUUUAAAAGUGCAGAUACAUGGCAUGUAGAUUAUACAGCAGUUUAUUAUGCUUUAAAUUUACUUCAAUUUAGACAUGGUUUAGCUGAAUUCUUUUUACAAUUUCCAAGAUUUUUAAUAUUUUUAACAAGAGGUACAUUAAUAUUUGAAUAUGUUGGACCAUUAUUAUUAAUAUCACCAUUUUAUAAUACAGCUUGUAGAAUUAUAUCAAUAUUGGGAUUUAUUGGAAUGCAUAUUGGUUUUGGAGUAUGUUUAAAUUUAUAUUUAUUCGUUUUCAUACCAAUGGUUGUUUGUAUGGCAUUCUUACCAAGUGAUGUUUGGACAUUCAUUAGAUAUAGUUAUAUUGAAAAGAAAGAUUUAAUUACAAUUAAUUAUAAUUCAAAUACUUCACAAUCACUACAACUAUUUUUAAAAAUUUAUUCAACAUUUUUCUUGGUUGGUCAAAAUUAUAAAAUUAAAUCAAAUAAUAAUUUAGGUGGUAGUGGCAAUGGUAAUCAAAAAGGGGAUGAUGAACAAGAGGAAUUGGAAAUUAUGGAUAGUCAUUCAAUGUUUUAUGUUGAUAGUGUUUCAAUUUAUUUUAAAGGUCAAAUUUAUGAUGAAGAGAAAUCAAUUAAAUUCUUAUUUCAACAUUCAAUUGUUUUCAAACUUUUUUCAAAAUUAAUUUCUGAUAAAUUAUAUAAAUUAUUAUUUUCUUUUAUUAUUAACUUUAAUAAUAAUAAUCAAAAUAAUAAAUAUGAAAAAUUAAAAUUACCAAGUUAUAAAUUAAAUAGUAAUAGUAAUAAUAAUAAUAAUAAUUGUAAUAAUACACCAAAACCAACCAAAUUUAAAUAUAGACAACAUUUAAGAAAUUUAUUUUUCAUUUUAGUUGCAACAUAUAUGUUUUAUUAUAACGUUUGUAUUUAUACUUUAAUGAUGGAUAGUGGUAGAAAUACUAAUAUUUGGGAACCACCUUUUCAACCACUAAUAAAAUUAGUUAAAAUUGAUCAAUAUUGGGCAAUGUUUGCACCAUCACCACCAGAUUAUUCAGCAUGGAUUAUUACAGAUGCAGAAUUUUCAAUAAAAAAAGGAAUUGAUUUAUUUACAUUAGAGAAAACAGAUUAUAAGGAUGUACCAGAUUAUUUAUUCAAAAUUGGACAAAGAAAAAGAAAUUUCUUUUUAGCAGUUGGUUAUUUAGAUAGUCUUCGUUUAGAAUUUGGAAGAUAUCAAUGUCGUAGAUUUAAUAUCUAUGAACGUAAUUAUGAAUUGGGUAAAUUAGAAAAAUUCAAAAUUUAUGGUGUCUAUCAAUCUACACCACUUCCACCAAAUGAAUCAAAUGAUUAUGAAACUCUUGCACCAACUCAACCAGUUUUAUCUAUUUUAUGGGAACAUAUUUGUUAA